UGUGUGUUUUUGUUCAUGUCCAUGCCGAUAUAAACGUACAGAACUCAUCCCCAUUUUGUGAACUUUGUCCGAAUUAUGAACUGGCUGACAGUGGUAGUACUUCUCUUUGCUGGGGCGUCUGGGAAGGUGGAUCAUAUUGGAAUUCAUUUCCCAGACGAUGCAACGAACUUGCUUGAGAGAACCUUUGACGGAGGUCCAGGGUCCAAGAUCAUCAAUGGUGUACCAUCAAAGCUGUACUCUCGUCCAUAUCAAGCCUCCCUCCAGGUCUACAAGAACAACGUCUGGAACCAUUACUGCGGAGCUGUCAUCAUCGAUCGUGACGUAUUGGUCUGCGCUGCGCACUGCCUAAGAAAAUACCCAGCCGAGAUUCUUCGUGUGGAGGUCGGCUCUCUGAAUCUUCAAGCCCCUCCCCUGAAGUACACCCAGUUCCUGGAGGUCUUGGCUUAUCAGCGUCAUGAGAACUUCUCUCUAAACCCAGAUCAGGGUUUCCCCAAUGAUAUCGGGCUGAUCUUUCUAAAGAAUCGUAUCACUUACAAUGAGAAUGUCCAGCCAAUCAGAUUAGCUCCACCUGGUUUGAAUUUCGACAACUCUGAAUGCGUCAUUUCCGGCUGGGGACUUACAAAUUACCUCGGUCCAGCGGCCUCGCCGGUUCUGUUGGAGGGAAAAGUGAGAAAACUGACCUACGAGAAAUGUGUUGCCUUACACCUGGAAGUAGACGCGACCAUUGACCGGAAUCAUGUUUGUGUCCUAGGAGAAAGUGGUGAUGAUGUACAACCUGCAGGUGGUUGCAACGGAGACAGUGGCGGACCACUAAUGUGUGAAUUCAAGCGACGCCGCUACCUCAUUGGAGUUGCGUCCUAUGUUUGGGAUUAUUGUGACGUGAACUACCCAACAGUCUAUACCAGAGUGUCUGGAUUUAUUAGCUGGAUUAACAGAAAUAAAGAUCUUUACAGUAAUUUGGAUGGCUCUAGCGAAGAACAAUAAACAACAAGAAAAAAACUUUUAAAAAUACUUGUAAACAAUUAUAUUAAUUGUAAUUGUAUCAAUUAGGUUGUAUCAGUCGGGAUUAAAUCUGUAAUAGAUCUGGACUAACCAUAUGUGCGAUUAUAAUUUUUUUUUAUACCAAUUGUUUUUAUUUAGCACAAUCUCAUGAUUUUAGAUUUAUCAGUACCAGACAAUGUGCUAUGUUCCAACUCCUUGUUUCUAUUAGUUGGGCACGGAGGAUGGGGAGAAAGAAGGGGUAUCUGGAUAAAUGUCUUUAUGAUUGCUUUUUAAAUGCAUAAAAAAAAACAAACAAACGAAAAAAAAAAAAGCAAGUUUUCUUUCAUCCACCAAGCCUCCUCAAGGGGACUAAUUCAACUUAUACCACCACAUAUGUCAUGUACGAUAUAUUUCCCUUGUUCGAUACCAAAUAAAAUAACACAGUAAUUAA